AUGCAACAGUUAAUUAAGUUGUUAGAAAAGUGGAAUUACGAAUAUAAUGUCUUAAACAAGCCCACCGUGGCCGAUCAAGUUUACGAUCAAACUUUUCAAGAGUUAAAGGAAUUAGAAGUAAAAUACGAUUUUGUUUUACCGGAUUCGCCAACUCAAAAACUAGGAGCCUCAGUUAUAAAAAAAUUCCACCCUUUUAAGCAUAAAACUCCUAUGCUUAGUUUAGAGAGUACCGAUAAAUACGAAGAAUUAGUAAAAUUUGAGGAAAGAGUAAAAAAAAAGUUAGGGCUUAAUCAAAUAGAGUAUCUUUGUGAGUUAAAAAUUGAUGGGUUAUCGGCUAGUCUACAUUAUUCCCGCGGAGAAUUAAACAAGUUAGUUACUCGUGAUUUACCAAAAAAAUUGCCUGAGGAAACCGCCAGCCUUGAAAUUCGCGGAGAAAUUUACCUACAAAAAGUUGAGUUUCAGCGCUUAAAUAAAGAAUUAAUAAAAAAAGGUUUAUCUCCCUUAGCUAAUCCGCGGAAUGCGGCCGCGGGGACUGUCCGAACUUUAAUUCCUACCCAACAAAGAAAGUUAAAUUUUUUUGCUUAUCAAAUUCUUGGAACUAAUGUUUGCCAAAAUUUAGAAGAAGUGCAAGCCUACUUUCAAGAAAUUAAGCAACAACGCGACCAUUUAGAAUUUGAAAUUGAUGGAAUUGUAAUUAAAGUUAACGCAUACGAGCAUUAUGAAAAGUUAGGACAAACUAACCGCUUUCCGCGUUGGGCUAUGGCUUAUAAAUUUCCCGCUUCGGUGGCAUUAAGUCAAAUUGAAGAUAUCCAAGUAGAAAUUACCCGUAGUGGAAGAGUUUCUUAUGUGGCUCAAAUUGCCCCAGUCUCUUUGUUGGGAAGCAAAAUUAGCAAAGCUACUUUACAUAAUUAUG